UUUAUUGUGCAUUUAUGACAGUGACAAUAGCACAAAACUAGGAGAUAAAAUGGAAGUAUACUUUUCUAAGCUUCUUAUACUAUGCACAAAGUGGUAGAUUCUUACUUUAAGGCAGAUUGUGAUAAGUUUAAGACAUCUAUUAGAAACCCUAAAGCAACAGCUUAAAUAACAAGCAAAGAAGUAUGGUCAGUAAACCAACAAAGGAGGCUGAAGCAUGAAAAUCAUAAGCUGAAUCACAGUUGGGAAAAAUAGGAAACAAAUAGCAAUCAUACUUUUUUUUUUUUUUUUGAGGUGGGGUCUGGCUAUGUUGUGCCUGUUGGCCUCAACCUCCCAAAGUGCUGGGACUGCAGGCCUGAGCCACCCCACCCAGCCUGCAAUCAUAGUCACUUUAAUGAAAAUGUUCUAAGCAUCCAAAUUAGAUGGAAGAGACUGUCAGACUGGAUAAAAAAGCAAGACCCAAAUAUUUUCUGUCAACAAGUGAUCCAAUUUGAAUAUAAAUACACAAAUAGAUUAAAAUGGUUUGAAAAAGAUAUACUAUGCUAGCAUUAAUCAAAAGAAAGCUAGUUAUAUUGAUAGCAGACCAAGCAGACAAAGAAGAAUAAAGGAAUAAAGAGGGCCACUUCUUAAUGCUAUAGAGGUCAACAGAGGUUAAUGCAAGAGAACGCAACAAUCCUAAAUGUUUACAUACCUAACUUCAAAAUACAUGACACGAACUGAUAGAAUUGAAAGGAGAAGCAAAUUCACAAUUAUAGUUGGAGAUUUCAACAUCUUUAUCGCAGUAAUUGAUCUCUUUGGCUGCUCUGAGACUAGUUGGGAAUGAACCAAGAGUGAAUGAGUGCACAGAUGUGGGUAGAGUUUUCAAAAAGGUAUCAUAUAUGGGCCAGGCACAGUGGCUCACGCCUGUAAUCCCAGCACUUGGGGAGGCUGAGGCGGGUGGAUCACAUGAGGUCAGGAGUUUGAGACCAGCCUGGCCAACAUGGUGAAACCCUGCCUUUACUAAAAAAAUACAAAAAUUAGCCAGGCAUGGUGGCGGACGCUGUAAUCCCAACUACUCAGGAGGCUGAGGCGGGAGAAUCGCCUGAACCUGGGAGGCGGAGGUUGCAGUGAGCCCAGAUCGCGCCAUUGCACUCCAGCCUGGGCAACAAGAGCGAGACUCCGUCUCAAAAAAAAAAAAAAAAAAAAAAAAAGUAUCAUAUAUGAUCUUGAUUCCUAUACCCAAUGGCCCGUGAACAGUAUUAUUAAUAAUUUUGGUCCUUGGGCCGGGCGCGGUGGCUCAUGCCUGUAAUCCCAGCAAUUUGGGAGGCCGAGUCGGGCGGAUCACCUGAGGUCGGGAGUUCGAGACCAGCCUGACCAACAUGGAGAAACACCGUCUCUACUAAAAAUACAAAAUUAGCCGGGCGUGGUGGCUCAUGCCUGUAAUCCCAGCUACUCGGGAGCCUGAGGCAGGAGAAUCGCUCGAACCCGGGAGGCGGAGGUUGCGGUAACCGAGUUGGCGCCUUUGCACUCUAGCCUGGGCAAGAGCGAAACUCCGUCUCAAAAAAAUUUUUUUUAUUUAAAUAAUAAUUUUGGUCCUAUAUAAGGUAUUAUUAAUACACAGAUUUUCAUUUUUCGCCUAAUUAUCCUGAACCAGUUAAAGUGAACACUUGGAAGGGGGUAGGGGGAUUAUCGAUAGCCAUGGCAGUGGUUUUCAAGCUUUAUCAGAAUUACCCGCUGGUUAAAAUUCAGAUAACUCGCUCCACUCCAAAGUUUCUGAUUCGGUAGGUUUGGGGCGGGGCCCGAGAAUGUGUCAUUUUAACAGUAUCUCCGGUGAUGCUGAUGCCGCUGGUCCCAGAACCACACACUGCAAACAACUGGCCUCGAACGUUGUCAUUCUUUUCUCCUACAGAUUUUGAGGCAGCCGGUGGGCUCCGAAACAAAACAGAAGUCACUGGAUCCGAUUCCCAGCACCACAGAAGUGACUCAAACCAGCGAUUCAACCCGACAAGCAGGAUCCGGGCCACCCAAAGCCGCGCGAGAGUUUACGUGACGUCAUCGGCGUCAGCGUCACGGAGGCGUCGGCCGCGUUCAGCGGACACGGGAGCAAGAUGGCGAUUCCGGGCAGGCAGUAUGGGCUUAUUUUGCCAAAGAAAACACAGCAGUUGCACCCUGUUUUGCAAAAACCAUCAGUGUUUGGGAAUGAUUCUGAUGAUGAUGAUGAGACCUCUGUGAGUGAAAGCCUUCAGAGAGAAGCUGCUAAGAAGCAGGCCAUGAAACAGACCAAACUGGAAAUCCAGAAGGCCCUUGCAGAAGAUGCUACUGUGUAUGAAUAUGACAGUAUUUAUGAUGAAAUGCAGAAAAAAAAGGAGGAAAAUAAUCCCAGAUUGCUUUUGGGGAAAGACAGAAAGCCCAAGUAUAUUCACAACUUGCUAAAAGCAGUUGAGAUCAGAAAAAAGGAACAGGAAAAAAGAAUGGAAAAGAAAAUACAGAGAGAACGAGAAAUGGAAAAGGGGGAGUUUGAUGAUAAAGAAGCAUUUGUGACAUCUGCAUAUAAGAAAAAAUUGCAAGAGAGAGCUGAAGAAGAAGAAAGAGAAAAGAGGGCUGCUGCACUGGAAGCAUGUUUGGAUGUAACCAAGCAGAAAGAUCUCAGUGGAUUUUAUAGGCACCUAUUAAAUCAAGCAGUUGGUGAAGAGGAAGUACCUAAAUGCAGCUUUCGUGAAGCCAGAUCUGGUAUAAAGGAAGAAAAAUCAAGGGGCUACUCCAAUGAAGUAAGUUCAAAAAACAGAAUACCACAAGAGAAAUGCAUUCUUCAAACUGAUGUGAAAGUAGAGGAAAACCCAGAUGCAGACAGUGACUUCGAUGCUAAGAGCAGUGAGGAUGAUGAAAUAGAAGAAACUAGAGUGAACUGCAGAAGGGAAAAGGUCAUAGAGACCCCUGAAAAUGACUCCAAGCACCACAGGAAUCAAAACCACUCUCGGUCACCUAGUGAAGAAAGAGGGCACAGUACCAGACACCACACGAAAGGAUCACGAACGUCGAGAGGACACGAGAAAAGGGAAGAUCAGCACCAACAGAAGCAAUCCAGAGACCAAGAGAACCAUUACACUGACCGUGAUUACCGGAAAGAAAGGGAUUCUCAUAGGCACAGAGAGGCCAGUCAUAGAGAUUCCUACUGGAAGAGGCAUGAACAGGAAGAUAAACCAAGGGCGAGGGACCAAAGAGAAAGAAGUGACAGAGUAUGGAAAAGGGAGAAAGACAGGGAGAAAUAUUCCCAAAGAGAACAAGAAAGAGAUAGACAACAAAAUGAUCAGAACCGACACAGUGAGAAAGGAGAGAAGGAAGAGAAAAGCAAAGCAAAGGAAGAGCAUAUGAAAGUAAGGAAGGAAAGAUAUGAAAAUAAUGAUAAAUACAGAGAUAGAGAAAAACGAGAAGUAAGUGUUCAAUCUUCAGAAAGAAAUCGAGACAGAAAGGAAAGCAGCCCAGAUUCUAGGGCAAAGGAUAAAUUUCUUGACCAAGAAAGAUCCAACAAAAUGAGAAACAUGGCAAAGGACAAAGAAAGAAACCAGGAGAAACCCUCUAAUUCUGAAUCAUCACUGGGAGCAAAACACAGACUCACAGAGGAAAGGCAAGAGAAGGGUAAAGAACAAGAGAGACCACCUGAGGCAGUGAGCAAGUUUGCAAAGCGGAACAACGAAGAAACUGUAAUGUCAGCUAGAGACAGGUACUUGGCCAGGCAGAUGGCGCGGGUUAAUGCAAAGACCUAUAUUGAGAAAGAAGAUGAUUGAUGGCUACCCCAAGAGAAAGAUUUAAGGAAGCACAGAAAACUAAUUCCUGGAACCUGCUGCGUAAAACCAUAAAGGAGUGUGUUACCAGUAGUUUGGAGGGCAUUUUUAAAGUUAUUUUCAAAAUUUUAAGCUAAAAUCAAAAGUCAGUCUCACAGCUUGGAUGUUUGGAUGUGGACGUUUGGCUGAAUUUAUAUAUAGUAUGUACUCACCAAUAUCACAUUCUUUGUUGUAUUCAAGAACCGUAAGAGUGUGCUAAUUCCCUGUAGGUACAUAAUGAGGAAAAUUGGCUCCACUACAACCAUUAAAAAAUAAUUUUGGCCAGAUGUGGUAGUUCAUGCCUGUAAUACCAACAUUUUGGGAGGCCAAGGCAGAAGGAUAUUGAGGCCAGGCAUUCAAGACCAGCCUAGGCAGGAUAAUGAGACCUUGUCUCUAUUUAAAAAAGCCUAGCGUGGUAGUGCAUGCCUGUAGUCCCAGCUGUUCGGGAGGCUGAGGCAGGAAGAUCACUUGAGCCUAGGAAUUUGAUGUUACAGUGGGCUGUGAUCAUACCACUGCACUCCAACCUGGGCAACAGAAUGAGACCCUGUCUCUAAAAAAAAUUUUUUUAAAUAAUUUAACUCUUCUAAUAAUGUUUUGUUGCAGGAGCUGUAUUUCAGAUAAAAUAUGGAUUUGAAAAAUAGAAAAUAUACUUUAUGUUCUGAAAUUUGUAUUAAAGUAUAAAAUGUGAAUCAUCUUGUCUAAAUAGCUUACAGCAUAGUUGGCUUAAAUGAAAAUAAAAUGAUAUGCUUAUAUAUUUUA